AUGAAGACGAUGGGUGAGAUUCUGAGUGCCUACUGCUCGGAUGAUUUCGAUAUGCAGCUGAUAGGGAAGUUCUUGAGUUUUGCUUCAAGAGGUGACAGAGUUGGACUGAACCAGAUGUUGAUCAAAGGCAUAUCUCCUGAUGUGCAAGACUAUGACAACAGGACUGCUCUGCAUCUCGCCGCAAGCGAGGGUCACACUCCCAUUGUCGAGCUUCUUUUGUGCUACAAGGCCAAUGUUAAUCUCAAAGAUCGAUGGAAACGGACUCCCCUGACAGAUGCGAGACUCUAUGGACAUCGAGAUAUAUGCAGGAUUCUUGAAGUAAAUGGAGGCAAUGACCUUACCAAUGAUCAAUUCACGGUUCGACAUGAGCAAGAAGAUUCGAAUGAUGUGAAGUUUGACAUGUCAGAAUUAAAAACAGAGCAUUCAUCAACCAUUCAGCAGGGCUCAUUCAGUGAAUCCGAAAAGGUCAAGUGGCGUGGAACCUGGGUCGUCAAAACUGUUAUAAAGAGACACAUAUGCAAUCCUGUAAAAAUGAUUCUCUCUGCUAAGGACAACACUCGCCUCCGGGAACUUAGACAUCCCAAUAUUUUGCAAUUUCUCGGUUCAAUUGUGCAGCAAGAAGAGAUGGUUCUGAUUACUGAGUAUCUACCAAAAGGUAACCUGGAAGAUAUUUUGAGGCAGAGAGCUCGACUUGACGUGCAUACUGCUCUACGCUAUGCACUUGACAUUGCUAGGGGAAUGAACUAUCUUCAUGAGCACAAGCCCUGCCCUAUAGUUCACAACCAUUUGGAUACCAGAAACUUGUUGCAGGAUGAAGGCGGACACUUGAAGAUCGGCGAGUAUUGGGUUCAAAUGCUGCAUGAGCAAAUUAACCCAGAUCAAAAUGGGAAAAGAAGUGGCAAUCCUGGUAACAGCACCAAUCUAUUAGAUGGCACCAAGAAAGAUAUUCGUACAUUUGGAUUCAUAUAUUAUCAGAUGCUAGAAGGAAAUCACUUCAUGACCAACACGAACUCUGACUUCAUCCAUCAGGAACCGGAUGAUUUUAAGCCGAAAUUCCACUUAAGUCGAUGUUCAUACAGAAUUCAACAGUUGAUAGAGGGUUGUACAAGUAAUGAUCCUUCCGAAAUACCCACAUUUGAAAGUGUCAUAGGAACUCUAGAAGAGGAAUCAGCGUCUUUAGGGAGACCUGCAUGCCCAGUUAUUUGUUGAGUGCAUUUUUAGGGUGUGGACUGACGGAAGGACAAGAAAUGCACCAAAUCGAUACGACUUUAGUUUGUCAUGGACAAGCCUUUGUAAUUUGAAUUUAUGAGAGAUAGUAGUAAUAUUGUCUUGUGAUAUUGAAUAUUAUGUGUG